AUGGAGAAGAAUAUCUCUCAAUGGCAGGAAAUCGAGAUCUCAAACUCAAGGCUCCAAUGGUCGAAGAUUAUGGCUAAUAUCCAUUGGAGGGGUGCUACUAUCUAUGUACAAGUAGAUGAAGCCAUUCAAUCAAGGCAUGAAGAAGAGACUGAGGUGGUUCGCCUUCAAGCCAAACUCGAGGUUCUUGACCAUCUCAAUGGGUUGUUUGAUCUCAUGAAUGACAGAGAAAAAUUGAGUCUGAGGUUAGGCUUUCCGAAGAUAAGAUGGAUGAUGUGA